AUGGGAUUAUUGUCCGAAGGAAGCCCUUUAAGCUGGGAAGAAACGAAAAAUCUCGCUGAUCAUGUACGAAAGCAUGGAAUUAUUCAAUUUAUUAACCUAUACAAAAGGCUCAGGGAUCGCCAGGGUGAUAUACUCAAAUGGGGUGAUGAGGUUGAAUAUAUGCUUGUUAAAUUUGAUGAUGAAGCAAAAACUGCAAAACUUAGUUUAAGAGCUGCAGAAAUAUUAAAAACUUUAAAUGAAAAAGAAUAUAACGAUCCAGACAAUAUUAAAUCAUUAUGGAGACCUGAAUAUGGUGCUUAUAUGUUAGAAGGAACACCAGGAAAACCAUAUGGUGGCUUAUUAGUUCAUUUUAAUGUUGUUGAGGCUAAUAUGAAGUACAGGAGACAAGAAGCUUCAAAAUUAUUGGAACCCAAUGAAGUUUUAAUGUCUUUAACUAAUUUUCCUAGAACAGGAGCACACGAUUUCACAGAUCCUCCUACACAUCCUACUCCAAAUUCUGGAUCCUCGAAAAGUUUAUUUUUCCCAGAUGAAGCUAUAUAUCCAGGACAUCCACGAUUUAAAACGUUGACAAGAAAUAUAAGACAACGGCGAGGAGAAAAGGUUGCUAUAAACAUUCCUAUUUAUAAAGAUAAAAACGUGCCUUGUCCUUUUAAAGAGGAUUUUGGUCCUUUGAUUGAAAAUGAAUCUAGUUGUGCAGGAAAAGAAGAUCACAUUUACAUGGAUGCUAUGGGUUUUGGAAUGGGUUGUUGUUGUUUACAACUUACUUUUCAAGCUUGUAACAUAGAAGAAGCAAGGACAUUGUAUGACCAAUUAACACCCUUAUGUCCAAUAAUGUUGGCUCUAACUGCUGCUAGUCCAUUUUACCGAGGAUAUAUAAGUGACGUUGAUUGUCGAUGGAACGUGAUUUCUUGUUCUGUAGACUGCAGAACGCAAGAGGAACGCGGCUUGAAGCCUCUGAAUGAAAACAAAUUCAGAAUUAGUAAAUCUAGAUACGAUUCUAUUGAUUCAUAUCUCAACAAUGGAAUUGAUAAAUUACUUGCACAACAUAUAGCUCACUUAUUUAUUAGAGAUAGUGUUUCUCUAUUCUCUGAAAAAAUACAUCAGAAUGAUUUAGAGGAUACCGAUCAUUUUGAAAAUAUACAAUCAACUAAUUGGCAAACCAUGCGAUUUAAACCACCACCACCAAAUUCAUCUAUAGGAUGGCGCGUUGAAUUUCGUCCAUGUGAAGUUCAAAUAACGGAUUUUGAAAAUGCUGCAAUAGUUUGCUUUAUUGUUCUUCUUACAAGAGUUAUUUUAAGCUAUAAACUAAAUCUUCUGAUACCAAUUAGUAAAGUUGACAAAAAUAUGGCUCGAGCACAAAGGAAAAAUGCAGUUAUAGCAGAAAAAUUUUGGUUUCGUCGAGAUAUUACAUCAGACGUAAAAAAACAAGAUGAUGGACAACCAGAGUGUACAGAAUUUACUGUUAAUGAAAUUAUCAAUGGGAAGGAUGGUAUUUUUCCGGGUUUAAUACCCUUAGUAAAUUCGUACUUAGCUAGUAUGGAUGUAGAUGCGGAUACACAUUGUACUGUACAAGCAUAUAUGAAAUUAAUACAAAAGAGAGCUUCUGGAGAAUUAUUAACUACUGCUGCAUGGUUAAGAAAGGAAGUUGUUUCACACCCAGAGUACAAAAACGAUUCUGUAAUAACACAACGUAUCAACUAUGACUUACUAAAAAAAAUACAAAAGAUUGUAUCUAAUGAAAUAUCGUGUCCAGAAUUACUUGGAACGUGUAUAUCAUCCAAAACUAAUGAAACUAUACCUGCAGCGGUUGCAAAAGCAGAAAAGGUUCCCAUGUGA